GGAUUUUCCAGACAAAAUGGAGGACUGAGGUCAAAGUGCAGGUACAGUGCGGGAAAGGCAGCUAGCUGCUGUUUUUUCAUUUGAUUUUCUCUUUACAAGAUUUGUUUCAGCAGAUUGUAGCAGAAAAUUCUUCCGAAAUGGGUUUUAUGAAACUACUUGAGCUUGAAAACUUCAAGUCGUAUAAAGGCCACCAAAUAGUGGGCCCUUUUAUGAAGUUCACUGCCAUAAUCGGUCCGAAUGGUUCAGGCAAGUCCAACUUGAUGGAUGCCAUCAGUUUUGUGCUAGGAGAAAGGACACAGAAUCUCAGAGUUCGUAGUCUAAAGGACUUGAUCCACGGUGCUCCCAUUGGAAAGCCAGUGGCUAGUCGCGCUAAAGUGGUGCUCGUGUAUCAAGAAGACGAUGGCAAAGAGACCUCCUUUGCUAGAAUAAUCAUUGGAUCUGGCUCAGAAUAUAGGAUAAAUGGCAAGGUGGUGCCCCAUGGGAUCUAUCAUACUAAACUGGAGUCAUUUCAAGUGUUCUUGAAGGCCAAGAACUGUCUAGUGUUUCAGGGAGCAGUGGAGUCCAUUGCUCUCAAGACCUCUAAAGAGAGGACUCACCUGUUUGAGGAAAUCAGUGGGUCGGGAGAACAUGCCGGAGACUAUGACAAGAAGAAGUUAGCAAUGUCACAAGCAUCAGAGGAUGCUACUCUUAGCUUCCAGAAAAAGAAGGGCAUUGUGGCAGAGAAGAAAGAAGCUAGAGCAGAGAAAGAGGAGGCAGAGAAAUACAAGAAACUGCAGGAGGACUAUGAUGAAGGUCGUCUCACAGAGCAACUGUUCAACCUCUACCACAGCGAGAAGAGGAUCACAACAACCGCUGAGCUGAUCAAAGACAAGCAGAAAGAAUUGGACAAACAGCUUGGUGUACGGGGUAAACUGGAGGGGCAAAUAAAAGGCAAGAAACAAGAGAAUGCCAAAUGGUCACGUGAGGUGGCCACACUCGAGAAGAAAAUGAGGGAGAAAGAAGUUGAAAUGAACCAGACCAAGCCCCUCUAUAUCAAAGCCAAAGAGAAGACCUCUCAUGUUGCCAAGAGGCUGGAAGCUAACAAGAAGGCCCAUGCUAAGGCUGUUGAGAAGGAGAAGCAGCAUCGUGCUACACUUGAUAGUCUAGCAACAGAGUUGGAGGAUGUGCGGGGACGCUCUGAAGUGUAUGAGGAUGAGGUAGCCAGUCAGAGUCAAGACGAGGGACUGCAACUGGUGGACUCUCAACUGAAGGACUAUUACCGUCUCCAGGCUAAAGCAGACAAGAAGAGCACUAGUCACACUCAGGAGUUGGAGACGCUGGAGCUGGAAAAACGAACGGACAUCGAGGCACUGGAGGUUUUCAAACUGAAGAAAGAAGAGCUACUCAAUAGACAGAAGCAGCUACAAGAGCGGAGAGAGCUCCAGGAGGAACGUGUUGAGAAGAUUGAUUCUUUCAUCGAAUCUAAUGCUCAAGUCAUGAGUCAGCUGAAGAAUGAAGAGGAGAAGCUAGCCAAUGAAAUGUCACAAGCCAGUACCCGCUAUGAAGAGCUGAGUGAUGCACUAGGCAAGGUUCAGAAGGGAAUGAGCGAGCUGGAUUGUGACAGGCAUGAGUCUAAGCGUCGCCAGAGGAAUACUGAGACACUGGAGAAUCUGAAGAGGCUCUAUCCUGGAGUGUACGGCAAAGUGGUGGAGCUGUGUGAACCAGUACACUCAAGAUACAGUGUGGCAGUAGCCAAGGUGUUGGGGAAGAACCUGGAGGGAGUAGUGGUGGACCAGGCCAAGACAGGCAGAGACUGUAUUCAAUAUCUCAAGGAACAGAGAGUUGAGCCGAUCAUGUUCAUUCCCCUGGACACAGUGGAUGUGAGCCCCACCAACGAGGCAUUCAGGUCUCUAGGGGGGAGCUGCAAGCUUGUAUAUGACAUCAUCAAGUUUGACAACCCAGCAGUUACAAGAGCCAUUCAGUUUGCUUGUGGUAACUCUGUUGUGUGUGACACCAUGGAGGAGGCUCGUCGCACUGCUUACAGUGGAGAGAGGAAGAGGGUGGUGUCACUGGAUGGUACACUUUUCCAGAAGAAUGGAAUCAUCUCUGGUGGCACCUCUGACAUCAAGUCACGGGCUAGAGCUUUUGAUGAAAAGAAGGUCGAUGCUCUCUCCCGCAAACGUGAUCGCUUUAUGACAGAGCUGAAGGCAGUGGCAGAGGUGAAACGCAAAGACCCAGAGCUUCGUAACAUCACUGCCAAGAUCUCCACUCUAGAGAUGAGGCUCAAACACUCGAGGAGAGACAAACAACUCUCUGAGGAGCAAACACUACCAAACAUCAGACGGGAAAUGACUAGCAUUGAGGGUGAACUGAGUACCAUGGAACCAAAGAUGGCCAGGGCUCAAGCUUCUAUCGACAAGAGAAAUGCAGCCAUUAACAAACUACAGUCCAAGAUUGACAGGCUGGAAGAUGAGGUGUUCAGGGAUUUCUGUGCAUCUAUUGGCAUUGCUAACAUCAGGGAGUUCCAGGAGAAGCAGGUCAAGGAGAAGGAGAUACGGGCAAAGAAGAGACUAGAGUUUGCAGAACUUAUCAGUCGACUGCAGAAUCAGCUCGACUUUGAGCGAAGGAGAAACACUGCAGCCAUGGUUCAGAAACAUGCCCGCACCAUUCGAGAUGAUGAAAGCUCCAUCGUUGCACUGAAUGAGGACGAGGCAGAGAAGCUGGCCGCUAUUGAGGAGCUUGAGACAGAGUUGGAGCAAUUGCAAGGUCAGCGUCAGAGUAUCAAGACCCAGACAGACCAGAAGGAUCUCGAGAUGAGUGAAUUAAGGAAAAUGCUGGGGAAUGCAAUGCGUGGCAUAACUCAGCUACAAAAGAAAAUCAACACCUUGGAAACUGAGCUAGACCAGAGGAAAGCAGACCGCCACAGUCUUCUCAAGGGGUGCAAGAUGGACAAUAUUAAGAUUCCGAUGGACCGAGGCUCAAUGGACGAUAUCGGGGACGAGGGUCCAAGUAUUUCAAGUCAGUCAGAGUCAAUUGGAAUGAGUACUCAGAUGAUGGAUGUUGACAGUAUGACUAGUCAGGGUGCCCGUGUCCUGUAUGAGAGAGAGAGUAAUAUUAGAAUAGACUACUCUCAACUGGACAGGAAGCUUCGACAAGUGAAGGACGGUGAUGUGAGAGAGGCAGCUCAGGAGCUCAACAACAAGCUGCUCAAGUUACAGGCCACUCUGGACAGAUUCACUGCUCCUAAUAUGAGGGCCCUGGAAAAAUUGGAGGGGGUGGAGUCUCGGCUGCAGGAAACUUCAGAUGCUUUUGAACACUAUCGCCAUCUCUCAAAGAAAACAAAAACAGAAUUUGAGCAAAUCAAGAAACUGCGACUUGAGAAAUUCUCAGAUGCAUUGGAUCACGUUGCAGGGGAGAUCGAUCAGAUAUACAAGAAGCUCUCUAACAAUGCGAGUGCCCAAGCCUUCAUUUCGGCGGACAAUGCGGAGGAACCCUAUCUAGAAGGCAUCAGCUACAACUGUAUAGCCCCAGGGAAACGUUUCCGUCCCAUGGACAACCUGUCUGGUGGUGAGAAGACUGUGGCAGCUCUGGCACUACUCUUUGCCAUUCACGGUUACCAGUCUGCCCCGUUCUUUGUAUUGGAUGAGAUUGACGCUGCUUUGGACAACACGAAUAUAAAUAGGGUGGCACGCUACAUAAUGGACAAGACAAGGGAGGGGUCUUUCCAGUGUGUAGUCAUUUCCCUCAAAGAGGAGUUCUAUUGCCAUGCUGACGCCCUUAUUGGAAUAUACAGCCAGGUGGGCGGAGACUGUACUGUCAGCGAGACAGUGACCCUUGACCUCACGCAGUACCCAGUGGUAACCUCUCCAGUCAAGGCGAGACACUGAACACACUUCACACAACAUUCAAACACUGAACUCUUUGCAUUUAUUGAGCGUUGUGUUGUAUUCUUCUCUACUAUAACAAUAUACUGUGUAGUGCCUCCAUGGCCUGCAAAUUACCAAGCAUUUAAUUACUACUGUGAAGUGUUAUUUGAGAUGUUCAUUGCCUUCUUGGA